AUGACUGGCACGUCGAACUGCACCGAGGUCACACCGCAAUGCCCCGUCUCGGCGACCACUUACGGGUACCGGCCCAACCUGGGAGGCAAUUGCUUGUUGGCAGCCAUCUUUGGGCUCUGCACGGUAUAUCAACUGGUUGCAGGCAUCAGGUCUCGCCAGAAGUUGUUCGCCAUUGCUCUCACGGUUGGCUGUGUGAUGGAGCUGAUCGGAUACACGGGGAGAAUCAAAAUGCAUAAAAACCCGUGGGACAGUGGUGGCUUUGAGACGCAAAUCAUCUGCUUGAUCCUUGCUCCAUCUUUCGUGGCUGCUGGGAUCUAUUGGUCCCUGAAGCAUAUUGUCAUGGUUCUCGCCCCCGAAAAAUCGCUGCUUCGGCCUGAUCUGUACCCAUGGAUCUUUGUUGGCUGCGACAUCGGCUCUAUCCUACUUCAAGCAGCUGGGGGUGGUGUUGCCGGAGCAGCGAAAUCAAACAACCCAAAGCUCCUUAAUGCAGGCAAUAACAUCAUGAUUGCAGGUAUUGCAUUUCAGGUCGCAACGAUGGCAGCAUGUGGUGUGCUAGCGGCCAUAUUUGUCGUUCGUCUGGUCAGAGAAGGCCGCCCGGAAGAAGUCCUUGCUUACGUUACAGUGCUCAUUCGUUGCAUCUAUCGACUUCCCGAGAUGGCUGGAGGCUGGGGCAAUCCCCUGAUGCAGAACGAAAAGGAAUUUAUGAUCUUGGAUGGCGCCAUGGUCGCAAUCGCUGUCAUUACCCUCACGGUCCUCCAUCCCCUUUACACCUGCCGUUUCUUAAGAAGAUGA